UGGCUCCAUGCUUUGCUGUCACACUGAGUGCUUGCCCUGUGAACUUUGCCCAGCUCCAGAGGGAUCUGUACACUGCCUGAAAGUCAGCCUGGACUUAUGGUAACCUUCCCUGAAGGAAGGCAGACCUGGGACACUGUCAGGGAGGAGCUGACAGGUAUUACAAAGGGUAGAAAACAUCAAAGCAGACCUCACCUGAUAAAUACUGUGGGACUGUUUCUCAGGUGUGCCUCACAAAUACAGUGAUUUCAGAGUGAUGCCAGUUACUGUUAUUUAUUGGCACUGAACACUGGAAGCUCUCGCUACACCUAUGCUUGCAAUAAAUAAUGCAAAGGUGAAAGUAACUGCAAAGAAUCCCUGGGAGACAGGUGACUGAUUCUUUAGGUGUACACCCGAUUCCUUCCCCUCAACCUCUGAUAAAACAUCAUUUAUCAUGAGAACAUUUAUUAAAUCCUGCAUUCCUCAGUGUUUGUGGAUUCUCAGGUCACCUUCCACAACAUUCCAUGGAAACAACAGACUUCUUACAUCUCAGAUUAUUUCCCAUUAUGAAUCUAUAAACCAGGGUAAAAAGGAACUGCCAGAAUAUUUCAACUUUGCAAGUGAUGUCUUAGAUGAGUGGGCACGACUGGAAAAGGAUGGAAGAAAGCCAGCAAAUCCAGCUUUUUGGUGGGUCAAUGAGGAGGGAGAGGAGGUGAAGUGGAGCUUUGAGGAGCUGGGCUCUCUGACCAGGAAGGCAGCCAAUGUCCUUUCUGAGUCCUGUGGUUUGCAGAGAGGAGACAGGGUUCUGGCAGUUCUGCCUCGUGUUCCUGAGUGGUGGCUCCUCAAUGUGGCCUGCAUGCGAGCAGGAAUUGUCCUUAUUCCAGGAACAUCUCAAUUAACAGCCAAAGACAUCUCAUAUCGACUGCAGGCUUCAAAAGCCAAGUGCAUCGUUACCAAUGACACGCUGGCACCUGCAGUGGAAUCUGUCCUGCCUGGCAGCCAGUUCCUGAAAAGUAAACUCAUUGUAGGCCAAGGGAGCAGGGAUGGGUGGUUGAACUUCAAAGAACUCCUUGCGGUUGCAUCUGCUGACCAUAAAUGUGUCAAGACGAGGAGUCAAGACCCAAUGCUCGUGUAUUUUACCAGUGGAACCACGGGCUUCCCAAAAAUGGUGCUGCAUUCCCACAGCAGUUACGGCAUUGGAUUUGCAACCACUGGCAGGUAUUGGUUGAACUUGACUCCUUCAGAUGUAAUGUGGAAUACCUCUGAUACUGGCUGGGCAAAAUCAGCCUGGAGCAGUGUUUUUUCACCAUGGAUCUGUGGAUCCUGUGUCUUUGUACACAAUAUGCCACAGUUUCAACCAGAAGUUAUUGCAGAGGUGAGUAAUCCCCACAUCUCAAGCAAUCCAAAGGUACCAGAAUGCCUACUCCUCUUCCCAGGUCUUUUUCAAAACCACUCGGCUGGAUGAUUCUCCUCAACAUUGGCCUCUUGUGUGGGGCAGAAACUCUAACUUUCCCAAGAAUAAUACUGGAAAACCUGUGGUAUAGUUCCCUAUCACCAAUUAGGUUUGAGCC